GUCUUUAUAAGCGCCAAUAAAACCAACAGGAGUACCAUCACACAAGACCUCAAGCCAAAGACACACACACACUUUCCUCCUCGAAAAUCAUGGCCACCGAAGACAACAAGGGUCAGGAGGAGCUCCUCGACUACGAGGAAGAUGAGGAGGCGUUGGUGGACGCCAAGGCCGGGGACGACGCCGGGGCCGGCGGCAAGGACGGCGCGGGGGCGGCCGCCGGCGGCGGCGGGCCGAAGAAGGGGCACUACGUUGGCAUCCACGCCUCCGGCUUCAGGGACUUCCUGCUCAAGCCCGAGCUUCUCCGCGCGGUGGUGGACUGCGGUUUCGAGCACCCGUCCGAGGUCCAGCACGAGUGCAUCCCUCAGGCCAUCCUGGGCGUGGACAUCGUGUGCCAGGCCAAGUCCGGUAUGGGAAAGACGGCGGUGUUUGUGCUGGCCACCCUCCACCAGCUCAACCCCCAGCCGGGAGAGGUGAGCUGCCUGGUUCUGUGCCACACGCGCGAGCUGGCGUGGCAGAUCGCCCGCGAGUACGAGCGUUUCUGCAAGCACCUUCCCGAGGUGAAGGUGGCGGUGCUGUACGGCGGCCUGCCGGUGCAGAAGCAGCGCGAGAUGCUCAAGAAUGACACUCCGCACAUCGUGGUUGGCUGCCCCGGGCGUGUGAUGCAGCUGGUGCGGGAGGGGGACCUGAAGGUGGACAAGCUGCAGUACUUCGUCCUCGAUGAGUGCGACAAGAUGCUGGACCAGAAGGACAUGCGCGCCCAGGUGCAGGAGAUCUUCUUCAAGACGCCGCACACGAAGCAGGUCAUGAUGUUCUCCGCGACGCUCAGCCCGGAGGUCCGCCCCAUCUGCCGCAAGUUCUGCCACGAGAAGCCGAUGGAGAUCUACGUGGACGACGAGACGAAGCUGACCCUGCACGGUCUCCAGCAGUACUACAUCAAGCUCGCGGAGACGGAGAAGAACCGCAAGCUGAACGACCUGCUCGACCUCCUGGACUUCAACCAGGUGGUAAUCUUCUGCUCGAAGGUGGACAGGGCUGUGGAGCUGGACCGUCUGCUGAACCUCUGCAACUUCCCGUCCCUGGUGAUCCACUCCCGCCUCAAGCAGGAGGAGAGGACAAACCGCUACAAGCAGUUCAAGAACUUCGAGAAGCGCAUCCUGGUGGCCACCGAUCUCUUCGGCCGCGGCAUCGACAUCGAGCGCGUGAACAUCGUGGUGAACUACGACUUCCCCGACGGCGACGACGGCUCGGACCAGUACCUCCACCGUGUGGGCCGCGCAGGACGGCUCGUCAACUCGGCGACCAUGGGUGCCUGGCGGUUGCUCGAUCUGUACCCCAAGAUCCCCACGGACCUGUCGCAGUCGACGGCAGUGGGAGGAUGGUUUUCGACCUUGACUGGGGUGAUAAUGCUCUUGCUCUUCCAGGUGGAGCUGUUUUCGUUUAUGUCGGCGCCGAUCGAGAGCCAAGUCGUGGUGGACAACGUGCUCGAGACGAAGCUCCAAAUCAACUUCAACAUGAGCUUCCUGGACCUUCCGUGCGAGUACCUUUCGGUGGACGCUCUCGAUGUCCUCGGGAGUAACCGCGUCAACAUCACCGGAAAGGAAGUGCAGAAGUGGCACUUGGAUCCACAGGGCGUCAAGCAGGCGUUCCACGGGCGAAACCGUCAGCAAAGGGACAUCGUGCAGUUCGACGAGGGGGUUGUGGCUAGCCUACAGGACUUGCACGAAGACGGCGUUCACGCCGCGGUGCUGACGGAGGAGAACUUCGACACGUGGCUCCUGGAACACGACUUCACUUUCGUAGCCUUCCACGCUCCCUGGUGCGGGUGGUGCCAGCGACUGAUGCCGACGCUGGAGGUGCUGGCUGAGGUGCUGGAAGAGAGCCAGAGGGGGAUCACGGUGGGAACGGUGGACUGCACCACGCAGCAGAACCUCUGCACCAAGCGGUUCCCUGUUCGGGCGUUCCCGACCUUGAAGCUGUUCAACGAGGAGAAGCUUCUGAAGCCAGACUACAGCGGGGACCGCACGGUGGAGGCAUUCUCCACCUACCUCUACUCCAAGGCCGACGGAAAGCCUAUGAAACACCAGAGGAAAGGGAGGAAAGGGUUCCCCGAGGUAGGUUUGCACGAUGACAAGUGGCCCGGCUGCAUGGUGACGGGACACAUCAUGGUCAACCGCGUUCCUGGCAACUUCCACAUCGAGGCCGCCUCCAAGAGCCACACCUUCCACGGGGCAACGACCAACCUGUCGCACAUCGUGCACCACAUGUCCUUCGGAAACGACCCCCCUAGAAGGACACAGACCAAGAUCAACCGUCUCACCGAGGAUCUUCGCCAGAAUGCUCCUCUCGACGGCAACGUUUACGUCGCCAACGCAUACCACCAAGCCCCCCACCACUACCUCAGGGUGGUCGGGUCGAUGUACCACCUCAGCCCGAUGAAGACCCCAUGGCAUGGCUACCAGAUCGUCGCCAACAGCCAGAUGAUGCUGUACGACGAAGAAGAGGUGCCCGAGGCGAGGUUCUCGUACAACAUCUCGCCCAUGUCGGUGCUGGUGAGAAGCGAGAAGCGCCCGUGGUACGAUUUCGUCACCAAGGUGCUGGCCAUCGUGGGCGGUACCUUCAGCAUGGUCGGGCUGGUCGACGCAGCCGUGUUCAGGGCGUCGCGAAAAGCGGGCCGGCAGCUCUCGUGAGGUGAUCCACCCCUCGCGUGACGUCAAUAGCACUGGUGACGUCAUCAGCACCGGCGGGCACCUCAACUACCCAUUCCCUUCCUUCGCUCUCCUUCUGCAGGGCUAUGUAGCAGGAGGGAGAACACCAGCAGUGUAUCAAUGAUUUUGUUAUGAGGAAACUAGUCGAGUCUUUUUUGGGGGCGGGGGGGGCUUGCCGUUGCAUGUGGGCAGGCGAGCAGGCACCAAGGGUAGCUGAAUAUACGCUGCCUGAGGAGAGUAACCGGACGGUGCUGACAUCACUCUCGGUAGGACGCGGAAUGGGCCCUUGCUACAGUUGGGAGGGAGUUUCGGAGGCAGUAUCUAGCACCCGCCAACUGCUAUAUCUCGGCGGGCUGCUGCUGGUGUCUCCUGGCCUUUUUUGGCAGGGUGGCGACAGGCUCGGCGGGGAUUGAUGUUCAAGGUUUUUGUCCUGUUCUCUGCCUUCCAGCGUGGCCAGCUUUCUAGUACUCUUGUGUGUAGUAGCUGGGCAUACAUACGGUUUGGGUGCUUGGUGGUGUUGAUGGCUUCCUUCGGCAUGGACGGCGGUUGGUUGUCGGCUAUUCGUGCAGCCUGGCUUUUGUGUGUAUUUAUUGCCGGGGGUGCUUCUGUGCUGAUGAUGAUGCUGCUGAACUGUUACCCAAAUCGUAUUGCUUGCCGGGGAAACACACGAUUGAUCGACACAUCAUCAGUCAUCAGUCCUACUAAUACCCGAUUCGGCGGACACCGAAAGGGAUCGGGUGCCUGAAGCAACCGCUGGUUGUUGUUGUUGUCGUUUGUGCUCGGUGGCAUCGUUGCGAAAAAACGUUGGUGUGUUUCAUGUACCGGCACCCACAACAAGACUCCAUCCCCCGUCGUCCAUCGUCCUCAACAACGACAAAGAGAAAAGGAAAAGGUGCCCGCAGUUUCUGAAUGAGGAUUUUCAUUGACCAGUCUGCACCGAUUCCGAAAGAAGCAUCGUUCAUUGCGACAUCUUACGUGUUCCGUUAGAGUAGGGGAGGGUAUUGAAGGCCACGUAAGCCACCCCCACCCCCUGUGCUAAGAGUUUCGUUCUUGAGCAGGAAAUAGAAUUUCGAUGCUAUUAUUGUGGUAUCGAGCGAUAGGUAAGAUCACCCCCCGCCUACCUAAAAAAAAGAAGAAAAAAAAUCGUCGACAGCGACGAGGUACUUGUAGGGCUGGAGCUGUAGACCUAAGCUGCAGGCGCUAUUUUGAGAGAAAAUUAACCCUGGGGGUAUCAAAGGCCACUUUCUUCAUUGGUUGAUUUCGUACGUUUGAAAGCGUUUCAAGACCCAAGAUUUGGUGGGCAUGCGUAAAAUGCAAUAGGAAUG